UGGACCCGGCCCUGCUGCCCACGGGAGCGGACGGGGACGGGACGGGUUUUGGGGUCCCCCCGGCUCCGGAGCAGCCGGAGGAUCCCGCCCGCGCGGCCAUUCCCGCAUCCACGGCCGCGGCCCUGUGUCCGACCGCGGCACUGCCGGAAACCAGGCUCCACCUCCGGGAGGAGAAGCAGCCGCCGAGCCUCCUCCCCGGUCCCUGAGGCCCCGGGGGACCCAGCGAGGGCUCCGCGGGGCCGGUAGGCGCCGGAGCCGCCAGCCCCCCCGCAGCGGGCGGCCACCCCCGCGGGAGCGACGCCGCUCCUGGGGACGCGGAGGGAGCCGUGCGCGAGGCCGUAUCGCUGCCCGGGCCCGACACGGCCGCCCCGAGCCCGAGCGGGGAGGGAGCGGGAGGCUGGUCUGGGUGUUUCCCCAGCAAGCUGCACUCGCUGUUGCAAGAAAAUUUCCCCUCCCCACACUCCCGGAGUCAUCAAAAUUGGCAGGGGCACGUGAGCGCGGCAGCCCCGUGAGUCAGGCGCUUGUGCAACGCGUUGCCCGCACGGCGCCGGCCAGGCAGCGUCCCGGGGCAGAGUCCGGGAGCCGCGGACAGACGGACGGACGGACGGGACGAGCUCCUGGCAGGAGAGCCGAACGCGGGGUGGAAACCUCCAGCCUCGCGCUCCCCGGCAAGCGUGAGGCGUGCUGCGCCAGCGCCCGGCGCUUGGCUCCCGUCUCCGGUGACGAUGAAGCCGUUCGUGGCCUAUGAGCAGCUGGACCCGCUGGAGAAGCCGGAGGAGCCGCCAGCGCCCCACCAGCCCGGCCAGUUCAUGCAGAAGUAUUCCCGCUGUGUGCUGCUGGCUGGCAUCCUCGUCACCAUCGUCUCCUGCCUGCUCUUCCUCCACCUCUUCAACGCAUGGUCUGGUUCGGCCCCUCCGGGAGGCAGAGGCGAUGCCCGCGGCGCAGGCGGCCCCUGCAGCGACCCGUGCCGGAUCGUGCUCGUCGAGAGCAUCCCCGAGGGGAUGACGUACGGCGGUAACGGGCCCGUGAACCCAUCUACGUUCGACACGUGGAUGAGCCUCAUCGGGAGCACCGAGCACAGCCUGGACAUCGCAGCCUUCUACUGGACCAUGACCAACGAGGACACGCACACGCAGGAGCCCUCCGCCGCCCAGGGUGAGCAAAUCAUGGAGGAACUGCUGAAGUUACCCCAGAGCGGCAUCUCCGUGAGAGUCGCAGUCAACAUCCCGUCCUCCAAGUCGCCCCUGCACGAUCUCCAGGCGCUGGCGCAGAGCGGGGCUGCGGUGCGGGCGGUCGACAUGCCCCGGCUCACCAGCGGCGUGCUGCACACCAAGCUCUGGGUCGCCGACGGCACCCACCUCUACAUCGGCAGCGCCAACAUGGACUGGCGGUCCCUGACCCAGGUGAAGGAGCUGGGCAUAGCCGUCUACAACUGCAGCUGCCUGGCCCAGGACCUGAGCAAGGUGUUCGAAGCCUACUGGGCGCUGGGUCUUCCCAACGCCUCCAUCCCGGUGCCGUGGCCGGCCAACUACUCCACCGCCUUCAACAUGGAGACGCCGCUGGAGCUGACGCUCAACGAGACGGGAGCCGGCGUCUACUUCUCGAGCGCCCCGCCAGCCCUCUGCGCCCCGGGGCGGACCGAGGACCUCCGCGCCCUCCUCAGCGUCAUCGACGGUGCCGAGGAGUUUGUGCACAUCGCGGUGAUGAGCUACCAGCCCACCAUGGAGUUCUCGCACCCCCAGAGGUUUUGGCCAGUGAUUGAUAACCACCUCCGGAAAGCGGUCUACGAGCGCAAGGUGCAGGUCCGGCUGCUGGUGGGCUGCUGGCGGCACAGCAAGGCCGCGAUGUUCCCCUUCCUCAAGUCCCUGGCCGCCGUCGCCGACAACAAGACACACUACAGCAUGGAGGUGAGACUCUUCGUGGUGCCGGCAAGCGCGGCCCAGGCCAAGAUCCCCUACGCCCGGGUGAACCACAACAAGUACAUGGUCACGGAGAAGGUGGCCUACAUCGGGACAUCCAACUGGUCGGGGGACUACUUUGUCCGGACGGCGGGAUCGGCCCUGGUUGUGAACGAGACGGGGGGCGGCGCCGGCGGGACGGCCACCCUCCGGGGGCAGCUGCAGGCGGUGUUCGAGCGGGACUGGAGCUCCCAGUACAGCGCGGACAUCGGCGACGUGGAGCGGUGGCAGCGCAUGUGCAGCUUCCACUAGGCGCCGGUGCCGUCCCGCGGCCGGGCACGGCCCAGACCCCCGGCUCGUCUUCGGUCUCCACCAGCGCCGCAGAGGCGCCGAGUCCCGGCGGCGUCGGGGAUGCAGGACACUGUGUCCCUUCCCACCGCCGAGCAGGCGAGAGCUGCUUUCCCUCCAUCAAAUACAUCGUUCCCUCUGUUCCGGGACAAACUUUAAUCAUCCACACGCACCGCAGGGGUUUCGCAGCUGGGGGCCGGCCGCUAGCACGGGUCGACGUGCUUUAUCCGUGCAGCGAGCGCUAGUUCUGCAGGGGGGAUUCGAGAGCCGCGUGUGGACGCGCAGACUCACGAGGACCCACCGGGGCGAUGGUUAAAGCCUCGCAGCGGGGUGCUGGCGGCGGAGGUGCCGGUCACAGCUCCACGGGGUCCGGCUGCCCCGUUCUGUGCAGGACGGCGCCACGUGUCACUCUCCGAUUUGGAGCGCUUUCCUUGUGGGUACAGAACAGAUUUUCUGGACGUUUGCAUACGUAGCUCUUAGUUCACGAGUUAGAAUUAAAUGGUGGGUCUCGUAA